AUGGCGGAACUCAAAGUCGACUCCGUCGCAGAUGCAAAAGCGCAUAUCUCCCAAAUCAGACAUGAUAAGGGUCUUGUGGACGGCAAGCCCAGCGGUCCUAACAUCUCUGAUCUGGAAAAUGCCUUGACAACCCUCUCCGAGCAACUCUAUCAAUCCUCUACACACUUUCUGCUCGAGAUCAUCCAAAACGCCGACGACAACCAGUACUCAGCCGCCGUCCCAAGUUUGGAGUUCACUUACAGGAAAGGCGGGCUGAGAGUGGAUUGCAAUGAGAUUGGUUUCUCACCCCGGAAUGUCGAGGCCAUCUGUAGAGUGGGCCAGAGCACAAAGAAGGGGAUGAAAGCUGAGGGGUAUGUGGGCGAGAAGGGAAUUGGGUUUAAAAGUGUUUUUAAGGCUGCUGAUGUUGUUUGGGUGCAGUCGGGGCAUUAUUCCUUCAAAUUCGACAAGAGGAAGCCUCUCGGCAUGAUCUCACCUAUCUGGGACGACUUUCCCAUGCCUGUCAGACCAGGCUACACAUCCCUCUACCUCAAGCUCAGCGCAGGCUACAACACUUCCGGCCUUCUCGAAGAACUCAAAGCCCUUGACUCCCGCCUCCUUAUCUUUCUUCGUCGGCUGCGCAGCGUCUCGGUUGAGAUUUCACAAGGUGGAGUAUUCGGCAAUUUCAAGAACAGCUUCUCGCGUCAAGACCGGGGGAAAACUCUCGUCCGUCUGACCCAGAACAAGGUAGAUUGCGAUUACAUCAUCAAGCGACAUCGUGUGCUGGGUAUGCCUCAAGAUAGACGGAGAGAUGGGACGACAAGUUCUGAGAUUGUGCUGGGCUUCCCGAUUAUGAUGAGCGAAGAUGAGAAGAGUGCUGUGCCGAAGCGAGAGAGCCAGCAGGUCUACGCAUUUCUCCCUAUUCGUGAUUAUGGAUUCGAGGUCAAUACCUCCCUCACUUGUGCCCUGAAGCUCGCUCAUAGUGCUAACGUCCAACAGUUCCUGAUCCAAGCCGACUUCCUCCUCAUCGCGAGCCGCGAAGACAUCGACUCCUCCGCAGAAUGGAACCACCGUAUCCAGCGCGAGCUAACCAUAGCCUUUAUCGACACGAUGCGAGAGUUCAAUAGCAGCGAGUUCCGCUACACGUGGCCACGCUGGCUGCCCACCCGCGCCCCGCUCGACAGCUUCCUGAAGCCCUUUCACCUGGAUCUAAUCACCAUGCUGCGUUCCGCAAAACUGCUGUACGCACAUGCUGGCGAGCUGGCCGUCCCGUCUCAGUUAUGGCAGGUGCCGGAGGAGUAUUGCUUCAAUGGGGCUCCGUUGACCAUUAGUUCGGCUACGGCGACGGGUUAUCUGAGUGAUUUGUAUGAGGAAGAGGACAUGGAGUUUUUGCAGGUCAUGGGUGUUUCGAAGAUGUUGGAGUGGAAGUUCUUCGCGCAGUUCAAGCUUUUGCUGCAAUGUGCGCCACAGGAGUUCCAGGAGAAGACGGCGGAGUGGCAUUCGCAUCUCGCGGGCGUCUUGGUGCGGUUGACGAAGAUAUAUGCUGAUGGACUGGUCGAUCUCCCGAUUGUGCCGCUCAGUGACGGGACUUGGGUUCGAGCGAAGGGCAACCUCAUCCUGUUCCCCUCGAAGGAUCCUAGGUUCAACAUCCCAGGCGGUCUGGAGCUACAGAUUCUGGAUAGCGCAGUCGCGUCCGAUCCUGCCAGACAUCAAUUGCUGAAGUUCAUGGGCGUUGAAGAACUCCAGAAGGAUCCUGUCAUCGAGCACAUCCGAGCCUUGCAUGUGGACGGACGCGCAUGCAAUGGCAGCAUGAUCAGUCGCAAGGAGCUGAUCGAACAGAUAUACUUCCUGUAUACGUCUCAGGAGAAGAACCCGUGCUUCCAGGAUUACUGGUUCGUGGCGGAGUCUUCGAGGCGUGUGCGUGGGUCGGUGCUGUACCAACCCUCGACCAAACCGCACUCGGCGUCUUUUUAUCUUGCGAAGAACAGCAAGAUAGAAUUCCUUCAUCAAGACUACUUCUCGGCAGCGAGUGAAGGGGGAGAGGCGUGGAUGGCGUGGCUGGAGGAGAGGAUGAAAGUCGCUAGCAUCCCGAGACUUGUAGAGCUGACUACUGAGGGAGGCUUCAAGUUUUCCGAGGAUUUCGAGUACAUCAUCAAGACGUACAAGUCCUCGGAGGUUUUGCAUCUACUACGAGCACAUUGGAAGGAAUACAGUAAGCUUUUCGAUCCAGCGGCAAUAAGCAAGUGGAGUUCAGACCCGUCGAUGGGCAUUUACAGCUCCGAUCAGUAUAUCGCUUCGGCGAUUCGUCUGAAGCAGAAGCUGGGAGCUUUGCUUGUCACUUGCACGGAUGGAAAGACGCACCGCCUUGAUAGCACGUAUUUGGCGACUCGGGAUCUGAGGUCUGUGGGUAGGGAUGUGCCAUUUGUUGAUAUUCCUGAUCCGGAUCACACUGAUUGGAAAGUGCUCGAGAUUCUUGGUGUUUCGAUCAAAGUCGAUAUUCAUUUCCAUCUUCGCAGCUUGGAGGAACUCUCGAAGUCGAAGCCAUCUGACAAGACCUUUGAAACCUACACGUCGCUGCUAGAGACGAUUUUAAACCGCUGCCAUGACGAGGUCGAGGCUGCUGCUGUCAAGACAUUUUUCAUGACAGGGAACUAUAUCUACAUACCAUCCAUUGGCAGAAGCCCAGCGGAAUGGAUUUCUCAAGACCGCUGCCGAUGGAGGGGACCACGCAUGCAAUCCAUUCUCCCCGCUUACAGCGAGAAAGGCAAAGCAGCAGAACCCAUCAUCACCACCUUCCGAACCUUCAAACCGCUGAAAUCCCUCUAUCCAAAAUUCAAACCCCUCUUCUGGAACAUGCUCGACAUCCGAAACGCCAACCUACGCGAUCUGGCCGGCGAAGCGCGAGCCUUCCAACCCGGUGAUUCAUUAGCAACAGUCACAGCCAUCUUCAAAACGAUGUCAAAGCUGAUGGAAGAAGACAAGGCCAAGUUUUUCCAGACAUACAUCAAGAAGGAUCUGGAGAAGGUGUUUCCGGUGUCGAAGAUCUGGAAAACGGAGAGCGAGGUCGUGACGAAGAUUGAGAGUAUGGCGGAGGGCAGCGAGUGGUUCAUCGCGGACACGGCGUCGUUGCGGACGACGUUUGCGGGAGUGGUGCCGCUGCUUGAUAUCAAGGUUGACGAUCUGGGAUCUAUGGAUGAGUUGUUGCGGGAACUUGGCCUCUCGAAACGCUUCCUCAGAACGCAAGCCAAGAGCAUGGCAAAAUGCAACGGAAACGUCGAACUCAACCAGGAGCUCACUGAAAUUCUCCGCCGGAAAGUAGAUUUCAUCAUCCGGCUCAUCCCAACCACCAAGCAUCACCGUGAUGCGCGCCGCAUCGUCAUCCGCCAACUGCGCAACUUGGAAGUCUACGUUGCGGACGAAGUCGUGCAGCACUUCCGCGUCUUCUACAAGAAUAAAUGGGUGUCCGGGCCGGCCGGAAACGGGCAGGUCGCUCUCGCGGCCGAAGAAGACAGACUGAAGAUCUACUUAGCGGCGAAGGGGGGGUCCGAGAUGGACUCGCUGCCGAGCGAGCUGGUGGAUGAGCUGUAUAUUUUCUGCGGGAUGGGGCAGGAUGGGCCGCAGCAUAGCGAAGUUUGCUUGUAUAUUGCGCUGAGCCAGCAUGAUCUUGCGCGGGUGGCGAGGACGUUUGGGGAGAAGGGGGUUCCGAGUCUGGAGAGCUUGGCGUUUGCUGAUGAGGAGGAUUUGGGGGUGGAGGAAGAUGAACAGGAGACGCCUGGGCUGAGAGAUGCUGCUGAGAAGAAGAAAAAGGGGUGGACGUGGAAGGGGAAAGGAUUGCAGGAUCACGGGUCUCUGCCGACGUUGAAUAUCGAGAACGCUGAACCAAGCACGAAAGUUCCCGAACCCAAGAAGCGACACGAAGUCUUCGGUAAACACCUUUCUACGGCCAGAGCAGCGGGUCUCGGCGUCGCAACCAUCGUCGGCAUGCCUUUAAUGUUGAUUGGCGGGAUUGGGUAUGGAGUCUACACCGGCUUCCAAGCCAUCAAAGGACCGAACAAGUUCGACAAUGAGCACGACGGCGGUUUUGCGGGGAGGAGAGCAAAGAAAACAGCACAGAGAAAGAAGAAAGCUGCCGCAAAGUCGAGAGCGCCGAAGAUCAAGGCUCCGAGGAUUGGGCCGAAUGGGAUACAACGGUUCGAGAGGUCGGUAUCAGAAGGAUUUAUCCGCAUCCAGCGCGUCAUCGGUGCCUCGGCUGUAAACAAAGAUAUUGCAUUCAGAGGCGAGCUUGCCGUCCACCAAGCCCUCACCGCAACCCUCGGCCAAACUUACAACGCCACGCACCAUUGGCUCAGCGCCCACCGCCGCCUCGCUUCCUUCCCCUCUUUCCCCAGCUUAUCCUCUCAAAGCCCAAACACGCACUCUACCUUCAAGUUCCCCGACCCCAGCGGCGCAUUCACGCACCUGCUCGCGCAGACCGCGUACCCCCCCGCUGCGCACUGGACGGCCCAGCCGCCAACCUACCACAUCGACGUGAAGAGCAGCGCGGGGGGACUCGCCUCCGAAUUCGCAGUUACGGGGGCGGAGUUAAGGAGAGCGAAGGAGAUGAGUGCGGUGGUGAGGAUGGGGAAUGUAGCGGACAGAAAAGGAAAAGGGAAGGAGGAGGAGGGGGAGAGUCCUCCGCGUGAUGUGUAUGUAUUGGCGCGGGUGUACGAUGUGGAUGUUAGUUCGCAGAAUAGCGUUGAUGGUGAUGGGAAAGGGAAAGGUAGAGGAAAUGGGGACGAGGGGAGUAAGUUGUUGUUCCUGGUUGAUCCGUGGGAGUACUAUCACAAGGAACGACUGCUGUUGAGGUGUGAGGGGCAGGUGUUUGGAUCCAUCGUUUAA